UCCAGGGAGCAGGCAGACAGACAAGGGGGGGACCAGGGGCGCCGUGAGAUAACUCCAGCCUCCGAGCGCCUGGGCGGCCAUUCCUUGGGUCCAGCCUGGCGACGGCCCCCCUGGGGGAAGCUAAUCUUAGACCUGCCUUUGUCUGCUGCGGGGGGCCUGGCUGUUGCCCCUGUCUCCCCCCAGCCACCUCAGAGCACUAUAAACCGGGGGAGCCUGGGUACCGGCCUCAGUUCACACCUCCAGGCUCCUUGGAAUUCUGCUGCCAUCCAGCUUCUGGCCACCCAUCCCAGCUCCAGGCACCAUGGACCUCUCCUCCACAAAGGUGUCCUGGGCCACCGUGACGCUGCUGCUCCUGCUGCUGCUGCUGCCGCCCGCGCUGCUGUCACCCGGAGUGGCCGCUCAGCCCCUGCCCGACUGCUGUCGCCAGAAGACGUGCUCCUGCCGCCUCUAUGAGCUGCUGCACGGCGCAGGCAACCACGCGGCCGGCAUCCUGACGCUGGGCAAGCGGCGGCCGGGUCCCGCGGGCCUCCAGGGCCGCCUGCAGCGCCUCCUGCAGGCCAGCGGUAACCACGCGGCCGGCAUCCUGACCAUGGGCCGCCGCGCAGGCGCAGAUACAGCGCCGCGCCCCUGCCUGGGCCGCCGCUGCCAGGCUGCUGCCAGCCCGUCCAGCGCGCCGGGGGCAGGGUCUGGCAUCUGA